AUGAACUGUGCGGUUUGGGUAUGUCCUCUCCAUCCACGUCACCUUGCAAUCUUUGAUGAUUUCACUCAUAGGUGGCAACAAACGCUUCGGAUUGUGAAAGAGUUGAGCUCGUGAAUUCGCAUUGCCAAAGGACUUGCCAACUUUGUGGGGAGUCAAUCGACCCGAGUAAGAAGAUGAGAGCGAUGGAAUGAGCAUCUGAAGGAGCAUCCGUUUUCUUCAGAAUACGACGUGAAGUUGUUGCCGUCGAAAUUGAAGUCCAUCGCGUGGAUGGUUGGAAGAUGGCGCUCCGAGUUCGGCGGAAAAGCAUUUUUCCCCACAAUUCCAAAGUUCACUUAUGGAGAGCAAGUGGACAUUUCGAUUGCAGACCACUCGGAUAACGGGAGUCCCUUGCUGAAUUACACGUGGGUCCCUUCCCGAACAAAUUCCUCUUCUCAUCUUUUCAGUUUUCAGUGCAUUCGCCUGGGAUAUCAACAUGCCAGACGGAGAUCCGACGGAAAUUCACUCUGAAAAUGGGUACAUUGCAGUCGACUACGACAAGGAACAAGAGAAAGAAUACGUGUCAUUGAACACGGCGAUGAGCAAUGGUAGGAGAAAGAGUGGGAGAUAGAGAGAGAGAGAGAAAAAGAGAAAAAGUGUUGCAAAAUGCAUUGUGUAGUUUGGUCAAAUGAUCGAAUGAUUGCACCUGAUUCAAUAUAUUUCUGCUCGCUUUUGCAGGAUUCAUGACCAUCGAGGAGGGUGAGUCGGGUCCAAAUCAGGUGAAAUUCAGGCUGCAAAGAAUCGGGAGAAUCAGUUUUUCGCAUGAUUCGGCCGUCAGAGUAGUGGGUCUACUCCUUGUUUGAUCUUGAAGACACCUAACUUCAGAUGUUCCGAGAAUGGACUCUUCUGGAUGAGAACCGAUUGGAAGCACGGCUUCUCAUGACGACGACGAUUACGAGAAGACUGAUGGAACACACCGCCGUCAUUUACAAGAAGAUUUAUCCGUAA